AUGGUUGUUACACCUAAGGUACCAAAGACACUGAAAACAGAAAAAUUGGAGUUUACUCCUAAACAGAAAGUGGCGACAGUGCAGGUACCUAGGCUUAAAAAAGUUGAGGGUAGUAGAGUGAAGUCCACUGUGAAGUUGGUGGAGGUCCCUGAAAAGAAAAGCACACAUUCUGUGGAACGGGCAACCACUUUAAAAGAAACAGAUACCGACAGUGAUACUGAAACAGAUAUGUCACAUAUGGGGGGUUAUCUUAGUAAAUCAGUCCAUUCUAAAUCUAAACAUAAAUCACGUAGAAAUAGACAUCGUAGUAGAUCACAUUCAAAAUCACCUUAUAGAAAACAUAAAAAAUCAAAGAGAUCCCUGUCACGCAAACACAAAAAAUCAAAGCGCUCAAGGUCUAGAAAGAGGCGUGCUCAUAGGCAUUACAGUAGUAGUUCAUCCUCAUCCAGUAGUAGAUCACCAUCAUUAGAUAAAAGGGGGAAGAGAUAUAGCUCUUCAAGUGAGACAGAAGAUUCUGACCAAGGGGUAAGGGGUAAUCCCAGCAAAAUACCCAAGUACUUAACAUAUGACGGUGUGUCAAACUGGACAUCCUUUAAAGUUAAGUUUGACAGUUACAGGCGAGCUAUGAGAUGGACGGAUGAGGAGAGCUUAGAUUAUCUGUCUUGGUGUUUACAGGGAAAGGCACUUGAUCAUUAUUCUUUAAUGGUCCAGAAUGGGCAUAGACUGUCGUUUCGACGGUUAAUGCGCAUGUUAGAUAACCGUUUUGGCACCACAGAGCUGCCAGAAACGGCAAGGGCAAAGUUUGAUCAAGCUUGCCAAAAUGGGUGUGAGGCGUUGGAGGAUUGGGCUGAUCGAGUCCUGAUGUUAGCUACACCAGCAUACAGAGAGUUUAGGCACUUUGUAGUACAAAGGGAAGCUGUGAAGAAGUUCUGUCAGGGGUGUACGGAUAAGGAGGCUGGUAAGUAUGCGUGUUUACGGCACCCAUCAUCUAUGGAGGAGGCAUUGAACUUUAUAAAAGAGUUUCAGUACACAACCUCAGCCAUGGAGAGUGGUCGCCGCAAACGUAGGCCGGAUGAGGUACAGUUCAAUGUGGUUGACGACAGCAGAAAUGCGCACCUUGAAAAAAUGGUUGAGUCUCUGACAGAGCAGCUGACUGAAUUAAAAUCUUCAAAAGGGAAAUUAGUUGCAAAUGCAUAUGAGGUUCAGGGUUUUGUACAUAAUGAAGAGAAAGAUACUGUUUCUUACAGUGAGGAGGUUUGUGAAGUGGGCCUAAAGGACAGCAAAAAGCAGUGCUGUGAUGAAGGGCAUGGUGAGAAAGAAGGUUUUUUACCCCAAAAUAAGUCAGGUUUCUUAUCUGAUAAAGACUCACCUGAAAAGAGAAUGGGAGGAACUAAAGUUCCGGAGCAUUUAAGUCAACUGUUUGAAAAUUCCAGUAAUAAUCUAGAUGAACAGCAAAAAAAUCAGUUGGCCGAUUUGCUCUGUAACUAUGGAGAGGUCUUUGCCAUUAAUGAGUUUGAUUUAGGUAGUUUUUCUACCAUUGAACACACCAUUGAUACUGGGGAUGCUCGCCCAAUCAAGCAAAGAAUGCGUAAAACACCAGCAUGCUUUGUUAAUGAGGAAGAGGCGCAUCUGAAGAAAAUGGUUGACGCAGGGGUAAUCCAAGAGUCAGUCUCUGACUGGGCUUCAGCUCCUGUGUUGAUCCGGAAAAGAGAUGGUUCGGUUCGCUGGUGUGUAGAUUAUCGGGCUCUUAAUGAUGUGACAGUGAAAGACACUUUUCCUCUCCCAUUAGUAGAUGAUUGUCUGGACACAUUAGCAGGUAGUGUAUGGUUUUCGAAACUAGAUGCAAAUUGUGCAUAUUGGCAGGUCAAAAUAAGUGAGGCGGAUAGAAAGAAAACAGCAUUCUUAACUAAGUAUGGUCUGUUUGAGCAUGUGAGAAUGGGGUUUGGUUUGACAAAUGCCCCAGCAACGUUUUCUAGGGUGGUCAAUCUUAUUUUGAGGGGAAUGAAUUGGAAAACGGUGUUAGCCUUUUUGGAUGACAUCUUGGUGUUGGGUAAAAGUUUCGAAGAUCAUAUGCAUAACCUGGCUGAGACAUUAGAGCGGUUUAAGAAGCAGGGGAUGAAGCUUAAGCCGAAAAAAUGUGUAUUGUUUCAGAAGAAAGUGGAGUUCUUGGGUAGAAUUGUAAGUGAAAAUGAGAUCGCCAUGGCAGACCGGGACAUAGAAACAGUUGUAAACUGCCUACUCCAUCUUGCUCAAAAGAUGUAG